CCCGGCGGGCCGCUGGAAAAGUUUGCGCCCUGGCUGGCGGGGACAGAGGCAGAAGAAGCUGGUCUGGGAGACACGCGACAGGAAACCGGCGCCAAGCGCGGCGGCAGGACGAACCGGAGCGAGACUCUCCGGCCCGGGAACGUGCCGCGACUCCCGAGCCCCAGGACUAUCCCGGCGUCCCAGCCCAGCUCGCAUCUGAGCGGAGGAAAGGGUGUCAGGAUGCCGGUGGCCCAAGUGCCCUUCCCAGACGGAGGAGCCUAUUCUCAACACCCUAGCUGGGGUCUGGCUUGGAUCACUAUUGCAGCCUGAGCCGCAGGCUUUCUUUGCCCGGGAAAUGGACGUUCCCAGGGCGCCCUCUGGUGGAUUCUGGAGCUAACCGAUCGUGACUUCCAAGUGAUGGCGACGGUUCUCACGCUGCACCCCAGACCCUACACCUCCAACGAGACGCUGCACAAACAUUACAGCUAUGUAGGCAAGUUGAAGGACAGGCUGAAGGACGCCCCCGAGGGCAGCACGCUAACCACCAUUGUUUUCUUGAUCAUCUGCAGCUUCAUUGUCUUGGAGAACCUGAUGGUUUUGAUCGCCAUCUGGAAAAACAAUAAAUUUCACAACCGCAUGUACUUUUUCAUUGGCAACCUGGCUCUCUGCGACCUGCUGGCCGGCAUAGCCUACAAGGUCAACAUUCUGAUGUCGGGCAAGAGGACACUGAGCCUGUCUCUGACCGUCUGGUUCCUACGGGAAGGCAGCAUGUUCGUGGCCCUCGGGGCGUCCACCUGUAGCCUACUGGCCAUUGCUAUCGAGCGGCACUUGACCAUGAUCAAAAUGAGACCAUACGAUGCCAACAAGAAGCACCGCGUCUUUCUCCUGAUCGGGAUGUGCUGGCUCAUCGCGUUCUCGCUGGGCGCCUUACCCAUCCUGGGCUGGAACUGCCUGCACGACCUCCCUGACUGCUCCACCAUCCUGCCCCUCUACUCCAAGAAGUACAUCGCGUUCUGCAUCAGCAUCUUCACGGCCAUCCUGGUGACCAUCGUGAUCCUGUACACACGCAUCUACUUCCUGGUGAAGUCCAGCAGCCGCAGGGUGGCCAGCCCUCACAACUCAGAGCGGUCCAUGGCCCUGCUGCGGACUGUGGUGAUCGUGGUGAGCGUCUUCAUCGCCUGCUGGUCCCCACUCUUCAUCCUCUUCCUCGUGGAUGUGGCCUGCAAGGUGAAGGAGUGUGCCAUCCUCUUCAAGGCCCAGUGGUUCAUUGUGCUGGCCGUGCUCAACUCCGCCAUGAACCCCGUCAUCUACACGCUGGCCAGCAAGGAGAUGCGGCGGGCCUUCUUCCGGCUGGUCUGCACCUGCCUGGUCAGGGGCCAGGGUGCCCGCUCCUCACCCAUCCAGCCUGCUCUCGACCCAAGCAGAAGCAAAUCCAGCGGCAGCAAUAACAGCAGCCCCUCCCCAAAGAGCAAGGAAGACCUCCCCCAGAUAACCGCCUCGCCCUGCAUAACAGACAGAAACAAAACCCUGCAGAAUGGGAUCCUCUGCAAGUGAGGGCGCCGGGCUCCAGGAACGUGGGGUCCUCGCAUCUCCGUGGAACGAGCGGCAACAAGCCCUGCAGCCACAUUCUUAUUGAUUUCACGCCUCACCCAUGGGGGCUAUUCCAGAGCUGGGACUCAGGAAACCUAUUCUGCCAACAGCCUGCCUGGUGUGGACGUCUCUUAAGGAGGGAACCCAAGGAAUUGCCAACCCAUUUCAGUGUAGACAGCGUGCCUUGUCCGUUUAGGCUCCAGGGUCUUCCAAAUGUACCAAGCUGUCGAUGUCAUCAGUCGCCUUACCCUGAGUCCCACCGAUCACUGUCUGCUGUGCCUAGAGAGGGAAGGUCGUGGACCACAUAGUGUACAAUGUGUCUCCCAGAACAUCAGGAUGAUGUUUGGUAACUUUACACUACACUCUGUGCACAGGAUAGAUGCCGUACGUUCGUCAUUUCUGUGUUACAGAGCACUUGCGUUUCAUAUGUCUGCCAUUGGUACACGCAGAAGCUGCAGUACGUGAUACUGUUACGUAACAGGGAGUACAGGUAUAUUCUGACUGAAGCACCAGGUAUGAGGAUAUGGCUGGGAACUAGGUGGACACACUGGUUCCAGUCUCCUCAGACUGACGUGAAGUCUCACGUUAAGCAGGUUUUGAAAGCCCAAAUCCCCCCAAAGGGCUUGUCCGAGGCUGGUCUCAGAUGUGUGGGUCUGACUCCAAACUGUCCUGAGACAUACACUUGACAGCGUCUGGAGUAUCCUGGUGACAAUGAGCAAGUUCUGUGGGCGUACAUCCCCCAAGGGGACCCCUGCUUCUCUUCUGUCAUUUGUCCCUGCAGAGUCUUAAGCACAUCUAAAAGCCACAUUAGCCAAAUUAUGUGAUUGUUUGAGGUUUCUCCAAAUCACAGAAAAGCCAGCCAACGUAUUCCAGGAGCUGUGCCCCAGACCAACCAAGAAAAGAACUCACAAGGGAGAAGCAGAGGACAGACCCCUGGCUCAUUUCGCCUUUCCAAUAUAAUGGGGAGUUUCUAUUGAAUUCGGAGAGGUUUGCAAGGCAGCACUGUGAUCCUAUGUUGAGUUUGAAUCUGUAUCAGAAAGCACCAAGUCAACAACGCCCUGUGUUGUCACAGCUGAACAGCUGGGGCCGUCAGCAGCCUCAUGGAUUCCUGAAAGCUGACCCUGACCAUGACUAUUAGAGCAGUUUAAUUGUGAUCUGGCAGCUUGUGCUUUCUUCAAAGAAAUAUAGCAAUACUGUAAUCUUCCUUUUCAACACAGGUUGACCCUGUAUCACUGUUUACCUUAAGAAGCAAUUACUUAGAAGGUAUUUUUGUACACAGUCAUCCCCAGUGAUUCUUCAUGCAGUACAAAUGGGUGAAAAAUACACAAAUUUGCAGAGCUGUCAUAAGCAUAUAGUUGAUGUAUUGAGUUCUUUGUUAAAAAAAAAAAAAAAAAAAAGCAACCUUUAAAAGGAUUCUUUCUUGGGUAAGUCUCACAUCAGAACCCCCUGAAGUUUUUAGGUUCAGUGGGAAUUUUGCCUGAGUAAAGACUAAAAGAGUAGUCUUAAUACAUGAGUAACUUUUCAAAGAGAAAGGGACUCCUCUUUGUUAUAUGAUGCCAGUUCCUCUUUAUUAAGGAAGAUUUCUGUGGGUCCUGGGUGAUCAUGUACUGACCAACAUCUUUCUUAAUUUUUGGUACUGAUGAGAUAAAUCCUAUUUGUAAGGAGAUGCUCAUCGGUGGCAUUUUUGUUGUCCUCAUUACGUCACUGAAAAGGAGCUGAUUCUCUUGUCAAAUAGCAGGAGAAAAUCCAGGGCAUUUCUGGAAAAGUUAAGCAUUAAGAUACUGGGAUAAGAAAACAACAACAACAAAAUUGCCUCAGAGAGCCAAAAUAUUGAGUAUUGCAUUUUACCUUAGGUAGUGAAAUGACUUAACAAAUUUAUAUGUUAGUUCUGAGUUGCUUGGGGGCCCCAGAUGUCUGGCACUAAUAUGAAUAACACUAUAACCUCAACUUUUUUUUGAGGUAGUGCAGAACUUUCAAUCAAUCUGAAUGAAAAAUACUCCAAAAAAGUAAUUGUGUUUAUUUGAUAUAUGCAAAAAGUAAUCAAAUUUAGUACCGAUGUGUACAUUCCUAACUAGCUAGCUGGAGAUCAUUUAGAAGUUGAGUGUGUCAAAGCCACAGAGAACCUGUGCAUUAGAUCUCGUUCAAUUAGUAACCUUUACUGCGUCCCAUGUAUGUUUGUUACGAAAAUAAAUAAAACCGAAAGCCUU